AUGGUGUACUACCUGUGGAGGAAGAGGAAGAGUCAGAGUCAGUACGAGGAGCUGCUCCCUACAGUGCCUUUAGUCCCAGCAUGCUCUGCUCCGGUGAUCCUGGUGUCUCAGGGCUCCUGGGCCACGCCCAGUGAGAUCCCGUUCACCUUGCCUCCUCGCUUUAUGCCACAAAUUCAUGGUGACUUGAAAAAUGAGGAGGAGAAAGAAGAGGAGGAGAUUAAGAUGGAGGCUCGGAAGGACAUACUAGCCCAUCGGGGGUCACUCUCAGUAAGCAGAUGGUUCCCAGUGGGGACGGUGCUGGCUGGUCUCUACUCUGUCCCUCCUCUGAACGAGGUGGUGGCCCCUCCACCCGGCAUGGCCACCCGCCUCUGCUUCUCUGUUGAGUAUCGACACAGCAGCGAGCAGCUCAUGGUCUCUUUGCUCCGCCUCGGAAACCUACCUCCCCGUUUCCACGGCAACGUCACGCUGGUGGAGCUCCGGCGUCUCCCUGAUGACCGGCGGCCCCGCCAGGCCAAGGCCCGGGGCACGGGGCCUGACCCGGAGUUCAACGAUUGCUUCGUUUUCCAGGUGUCAGGAGUGUGCGUGCCUCAGAGCACCCUGAGUGUGUGUGUGCUGAGUGUGGAGCAGGACGGCAAACGCCACGCGGUGGGCAGGGUGCUGUUUCCUCUGGAGGGGGAGCUCGGUCAGGCCGGCAGGGUGCUCUGGAGGGACCUGGAGACGGAGGACGACACACAGUGUUCAGAGCUGGGUGAUGUGCAGAUCUCUCUCAGCUACAGUCCGUCUCUGCAGCGCCUCUCUGUGGUGGUUCUGAGGGCUCGAGGCCUACAGCUGCUCACAGACGCAGGUGUGUGUGUCCAGGUGAGCUUACAGAUACACACUCAGGUGGUGAAGAUCAAGCGCAGCUGUGUGGCGAAAUGUGAAAACGACCCAUAUUUCAACCACAGGAUGACCUUUAAACUCCGCUCGCAGCACCUGGACGAGGCCUGUCUGAGGUUUGAGCUGCAGCAGCCGAACGACUUCCGCUCAGAGCCUCCGGCCGUGCUGGGAGUGCUGGUGUUGGGUCCCUUCAUGUACGCCAGGGGCCAGCAGCUCCAGCACUGGAUGGACAUGGUCAACACACCGCAGGAGCCGGUCAAACUGUGGCACGGGCUGGGCAGGGCUACUUAA